UCGGCCAUUCAGGUUUUAGAAGCAACCAAGGUCGGUUCCUCCUUCACUCUGCGCGCUGGUAAGUUGUGAGGUCGGUAGUAAGUCGGGAAGGAAAUAGGAAGGAAUUAGCUGGUUUGCAGUAGGUUUUGGCCAACACCACCAAUUUCAAAAAUGUUCGCUUGUGCACGACUGAUCGCUCCUGCUGCCAGGACUGCUCUUGUGAGCGGAGCACGAUCCUACAUCCGACCUAUCAGCAGCAUAGCUGUUAACAGCCACAGCCCCUUAUUGCAGAAUGCACCGGCGUCACCAUCGAUUAGCCUGCUUCCAGCAGUGCGAAACUUCCAGACCACAACUGCAACGAGAGACAUUGACUCUGCUGCAAAGUUCAUUGGGGCAGGAGCUGCCACUGUAGGUGUUGCAGGUUCAGGUGCUGGAAUUGGAACAGUAUUUGGCUCCCUAAUCAUCGGUUAUGCAAGAAAUCCAUCACUUAAGCAGCAGCUUUUCUCCUAUGCCAUCCUGGGGUUUGCCCUGUCUGAGGCCAUGGGGCUAUUCUGUUUGAUGAUGGCCUUCUUGUUGUUGUUCGCAUUUUAAGUGCAUUUUAGUUCACACCUGCUCACUGCCGAUGGGGGUAUGCCCUUUAAAGGGAGGGAGAGGGGAUGAGAACCUAGUGGACAGAGGCAUUCAUUGGGGAAAGGUGUGGCAAGAAGCAAUGUCCCUCCCUGACAGUGUAAGAGGGCUCUUCAUAAAACUGGACAGUUGCACCACCUUUCGGGGCAUUGUGUAAACAUUGUCUACUUUUCUCCGUUGUCUGCUCUCAACAUAGCAAAACUUGAGCUGCCUGCUGUGUGUGUGUAAAAUGCUGCAGAAAGUAGGAGUGACUGAAACUUGUAUAGUAAGCUACAAAGAUUGUAUUUCAUUUUGAGUAUGAUUAAUUCAGAGUAAUUCUGUUAAAAAAUAAAACCCCGUGAAUUGUUAUAGAAAUUUGUCAUAUUUAUUUCUUGCACUUUGUAGCACCUUAAUUGAAUGAAUGGUGUAAACUGUACAGCAUAAAUGGAAGUAAAGUGGAAAGGAAAUGUUUCUUA